AUGACCAAACGUGAUCGUACCAUAUACAGCUGUGAUACAUGUCGGUCACGUAAGAUCAAAUGCAACCGACAAACCCCCUGUGCUGCAUGCUACAAGUCCAAAAGAGACUGUGUCUACACCAUCUCACGCCAACGAGAUGCCCAAAUCAACAACCGAAAGCUCGACAAAAAGACCCACCACCAGAUAUCUGCCAUUGAGAAAAAGAUCUCCCAGCUAGAAGGGAAAAAGGAGCUCUUACAAGUAGAAACCAUCAACUUCAACAAGUCAUUCACCGACGGAACACCACUAUUGGAAUUGCAACGAUUAUUCCCCUACCUAAUCUUGUCGAAACGAGAUCCCGGUUGCUUACUAGUUAGGUACCAUUGUAACCACUUGCUAGAGAGAGACCCCCACUAUUUCGAGUAUUCCCAACUCCUUGCAAACUUGCCAUUGGCGAAAAAGCGCCUUCUCACUGCCAAGGCAAAGACACUACUUGGCGAUGCCUACAUCCCCAACCUCCAAGAAGGGUAUACAGUCAACCAACUAAAACAAAUCAUUGGCCAAAACCCAAACUUUAGGUUUUCGGGAAACUUUGCUGACCCAUUGACAUCCUUCUUCAGCUUAAUCCCCCCAGCAUGGGCCAACAAAGUGUUGGUAGAUACAUUUUUCCACCACAUCUACCCGCUAAUCCCCAUCAUCGACGAAGCAGAGUUUACCGCUUCUAUUAACAGAGUAUUGGGCCCACAAAUCGACGGACACUAUAUAAACUCGUUCCCCAGCAUCGCUUCGGUCGACGAUUUGCCAUUCUUGGCGUUGUUCAUGCUCGUCUUGCGAAUGGCCUACAUGUACACCCCCGAUAAAAGCGGGUGCCCGGUUUCCUACGACACCCUACGUGCAGCAGAAACAAUAAUGAAGGAAUUCGAUAUCACCAAAACCCACUCCUUAACUGCACUCCAGGCCGAGGUCAUGCUUAGAUUCUACAAAAUCGUGGCACCAGAACUGUACACGCAAAGCAACUACGUCCAAGUAAGUGUUGGCGUGCUUAUCCAAAACUGUUACUCCCUCGCAUUACACCGGGACCCUGAAUACAUUGGAGAGCACGACCUAAAGCAACAGCAAUUGCGACGGAAAAUAUGGCACAUCUUACAAAGAAUGGAGGUCAUCGAUAGCGCCAUCUUCCAAACCGUCUUGUCGUCAAACCCACAAGCGUGUGAUACAAAACUCCCCCAAAUCGUCAACCAACCGCUUAUCGAACAGAGUAUAGUGAAAAACAUCUGGCUCAGCAACGACUUGCUCUUAUUGUUGCGCAAACUCGUCGAGAUCAACUCAAAAACAUCAGAAGACACACCCUUGGAAACCGUGCUAGACCUACUUGCUAAGGUGGAGAGUAAUCUCCAGCAGUUUCUUGCUUCCAGCACUAGCGUGUUACAUAACGAUUUGGUCAUUUUCCCAGUAAACUUUUUAUUGGUGUACAUGUACUACUCCCUCUACUUAUACAAAGGAGCCACCCCAGAAGGAGAUGCCUACCUCCUCAAAUCAACCAAAAUCCUCUUUGUCGACCUCACCAGAACAAAAUCAACCUCCCUAUUCCUAGCAUACUUUAACCUCAACUACAUCCAUCUCGUCCUAAUGAUUACAAACUUUUUAAGAAUGAGAGUAGACUGCAUAAUCCACAAGCAACUAACCACCCACAAUACCUCCCUCCAGGAGUUGCAGCGCUGUCGCUACUACCUAAAGACAAUCUACUUUGCCCACGUAAAAGAGUUGGCCUACUAUUCGUCGCUGCACAAGUACGCCUGGCAGUUGCGCAAAGUCUACUUGACAUUGGCCAAAAUCAUGGAACGCCCUUCCGACGUCUUUCUUUCCAACCAUCCCGACCUUGUCAAGCACGCUUCAGUCGACAUCCCCGUAAAGGAACUAAACAAAAUGCUUGAACUGUAUAUAAACUUUAAAGGGUUCACACCAACGCCAUUGUUCAACCCCACCGAAAAAGAACUAAUCGACGAGAUGCAACACGAAAAUCUAUGGAACGCUAUGGAGAAAAUAGAGUAUAGUGAAAAAGUCUAUAGCGGCUGGAUCGACGCCAUCAAAAACGUACCUUCCAACUGGGACUGGGAUUACUGGGAUUUCCUCAAAAUCUCGUAA